CCUCACAUUGGAAUGGUGCAGAAGACGCCAGAAUCCAUCACAAGCACUACCCUAAAGGAAAUCAACUGUCCAUUCUUGUCUCAGCAGGUGGAGAGGAAGCUGCCACCAAUAUACAAAAUCCGAGAGAAACAAGCAGAAAAAAAAAGCUUUCCCUUCUCUGUGCACGACAAUCGCCACAGUUUUGAGAACUCUGGAUACUAUUUUGACGCUGGCUUGGGACGCAAGAAGAUCUCCCCAGAGAAAAGGCAACACCUUUCUAGAAAUUUCAAUCUCUGGGCCGGUGACUUCAUCCCAUCCCGUUUUGAUGGCCUUUCAAAUAACCAAAUGUCAUAUGUACAAAAGGAAGCCAUGGUAAUCUCAACUUUCCGACGCUUCCCUAGAUCUUACGAUAAAAAAUGGAGUGCCUUCACGUGUGUUCCCAAUCAAAGUUUUAAAGAGUUUCCAAAUAAGAAGUUUUCUGUUGACAGAAAGGCUGCCUCUCCACAGGAUCCCUAAUCCUUCCAGAAGAUUCUUGAUGAGGUUUGUGAUGUCAUCUCAUCAGGCAUUCAUAAAGUAUAUGUCUCUGAAUCCACACUUUUAUUAUUUUCAUAAGGAUAAAGAUAUUCAAAUUCUUACCAAGAUGUGUAGGCUAUAUGCACCUGUAAAUAAACUGCUAAGAUUGUUUACCUUUGUGGGAGUUAAAAAGUUAUGUUACUCAUAUAUGAAUAAUUUUCAUUCUGAAAUUCCAAACAAUGCAGAGGAGGCAAAAGUCUCCUUGAUUCUGUUUUACAGUCAAUCCUUGU